AGAUUGAGCCAUUGUUUUUUUCCCCGUCAGGUCUGCCUCUCUCCCACAUUAGCAAACCUAUCUGGCUCUUUGGGAGCUUGAGCAAACAGUAGCACUUUCGCUGUGGUGCCCACUCUACAGUUUCCAUGUUAUGAGGUGAGCUGCCCCUCUGAUAGCCUUUUUUUUUUUUAGAGAGAAGACUGGUUAGUUCAAGUGUGUCCUGGUUUAACCAUUAAACCCAGACUUUUAGUGAUGUUCCUCUGCUGACUUCCUUAACUCACUCAACACUGGGAGUUCCACUUGCAGCAUUUUAUUAUUUUGUUUCUUGUCCUUUGGGGAAAUGUUUGAAAAGAUCUUUUUCCUGCUUUGUUUGUCGACUGCUUUGGCAGAACAGCUCUGUAGACCAGAGGCUUCAGAUGGCUACAGAGUUCGACUCAGCAUCAAAACUGCUCUGGGAGAUGAAGCCUACGUCUGGAAUGACAAUGAAAUGUUCCUUUUCCGAGCGACUCUGGCUUUUGCCAUGAGGAAUCAAAUCAGUGGACAGGAAUUUGAAGUGUCCAACAUCAUUGUGUGUGAUGAGACUCCCAGAGUGUCUUUCUGGUUUGUGGUGACGUCACCGCAGAACACCUCACAGCUUGUUGAUAAAGAAAGUGUGGAGGAGGCUGUCAGAAAGUCCAGGAAUCGCAUCAACAGUGCCUUCCUGCUGACUGAUAAAACUCUGGAGUUCAUCGGUAUUCCUCCGACCCUGGCAGCACCAGUCAACCCUGACACCCCUCCAUGGCUAAUUGUGUUUGGGCUGGUCAUGGGUGCUGUGGGUGCUGGCAUCAUUGUUUUGCUUGCGUCCUCUGUGGUCCAAAAGAAACGCAAAAACGAUGAAAAACCAGACGAUGAGGAGAUUGAUGAAGAGACAAGGGUGAAAACGGUGGAAAAUAGUGCUGCAAGUGAGGGUAUUUACAACAGGUCGUUUUCAGAUGAUGAGAGAUUCACACACAUGUAAUAUGCUUCUAUAAACUCUUCAGAAUUAUGACGGGGAGAAUAUUUUUAAGCUGCUCCAGGUGGACUAUUGUUGCACUACAAAAUUCCAUCUUUUCAAAGUUGUAAUUUGUGUUUAUUGUUGAAGUUCCUCAUUUAAAUGAUUUCUAUUUUUGUUUCUUGGCAGAAUGGGAUAGAAACAAGUAAUAAAACUGAUCCCAUUUAUGAAUUUAAGAUAAGGGCUCACUCACAGCUUAGUACAGUCCUGUCUAUAUGGGACUGAGAUUUAUAGCAAAAAAUCAAAUCUUGAUGUGUGUAAAUCAUGUCAUGAUUCAGAAUAUACUAGAUCUAUUUUUUUAAUUGGGAACAAUAGAGAAGCUAUUGACUAGUUGCUUACUAUAUUUAACCUAUUUUUUUUGGUCAAAUCAAAAUGAGAGCCUAGAGGAGAUGUCUGCUGUGAGCAGAUCCUUUUGCCGUCUCUUUGUUUGCCGUCAUCAUCUUUCUUUUUCCAGACUACAGAGCGACAGUGAACCCCCCCCCCCCCAGUCAGUGUUGUGCUUAGCUGCAGUUUUUGAUGCAGUGUUCAGGCUCAUUAUUAUGAUGGUUGGAAAAAAUAUUGUUAGACACAAUUUACAUAUUGUUACAGUAGCCAGAGCAGUACAGCAUCCUUUGUACUUGAACACAAAGAUUUGUGUGAUCACUGUAUUGUUCAAAAUAGAGUCCCUGACAUGUACUGUUUGAAAGUGAUAGGCUUCUCUAGCAUGAUUUUGUAAUAGACAAAACCUCAGACUAACUCAAUGCUAGGCAACAGAACUUAGAAAACACAACGUGCUUCAUUGGUCCAGAUGAAAGCCUGAUUUUGUGGUGACCUAUGGGUAAAUUUCAUAAAAUGUUGUGUCAAAAUGCUCACAUCUGUGCUCACAGCAGGUCAGCGGGGGUAAAGGAACAGAAUCUUUUUCUUUUUCCUGCCUUGAACUGUAAUUGUUUUGACA